ACAAUUCUUAAAAAAAAGAUGUUAUAUAUUUACACGAUGAUUACAUAGCAGGUGUCCUUUGGUUCUCCAUACACUUUGUCAGCCCACUGUUCUAUGGCAACACAAGGAUAUCGAACAAACGGUUUCUCGUUCUUCGAGUGUCGUCCUCACAGUUUUAGCUUUACUCUAUUAUCAAGAAGUUCGUUCCAUUAUUCACGAGUGAUUGAUCGAUAAUGAAUGAAGCACAGGAUAAAGCCGAGAGCAGGAAAAUCGAGAAGACGAAACGCGGAGAAACUGCGAGGAAUCCAGUGACUUUCGACAGUAUUUGGUAUUAAAAGGGACAAUGAACUCUGUACUUUCCACGAAACGAAAGAACUCUUCGUUGAUUUCAGCAAGGAAGUCAUGCUGCGUGAGAAAAUAUUUCGACGCGACUGGCCUAGGAAGUACGAACAUCUGACCGGGGAAUUUUUCAAAAAGGUGCUGGCCGAAGAAUGCAGAAAGGAGGGACUUCCGGUGGACACUUUCGAACGCAAACCGCCGGAAGAUGCGAUUAAGCGUUCACCGAUACCUCUGGAACCGUCGCCGGUUAUUCCCAGAACGACAUCCGGCAUGGUGGGCCUUCGAUCUCGGACAAAAUGCAAUCUCGAGUUCACCGGUCGUUGGUACGUUUCUCCAAAAUGGACGAUCGAACCGCCCGUGGAACCUGGAGAAUUUCGCGUUACGCAACAACGAUUCAUUUUUCUCGGUUAAGUGCCGGAAGCUUGAUUUGCUUCUGUAAGCUUCAAAGUUCGCGUGUUAUAAAUAUUUGAAAUCCACAACGCGACGGAUUUGGAAUGCAAGUUUGAAUGCUUCAAAGUUAGUUUUAACCUUGAAACGUUGAAAACUCAGUAUGCUUCAAACUCGGAAAAUUUUUAGCUGGAAACGCUUCAGUUCCAAAACACUUCAAGUUAGAAACCCACCCCUCGGCCCCGAAUGAAAUAAAUCAUGGAAUAAAAUAAAGUAUGGGAUAUAUAUUGUUUGUACAUAGGGUAUCGUACAUUGUAACAAAUGUAUUUAAAAAUAAGUCAUCAUUGUUCUUGUAUAAUUAUAAACAAUACCGUGAAAAUACAUGAUUCAAAAUCAG